AACCUCGGCGCACCAGGUGCCCUCGCACGCGCACCAGCCGCCGCUAGCGGAGAGGCCGAUGGCGCUGCAGAACGUGCUAGCCCUCGCCCAGUCUCGAGCUCUGAUGGAACGCGUCGGAUCUGGCCCCAUGCUCUCGCCGAUCCUCUCCAUGGACAAUCCCGCGAACCACAGCUACGGCAGGAAGCUGUUCCCGUGCCCGCAGUGCCGCUACACGACGGACAGGCGCAAUAACCUCAAACGACACAUGCUCACGAUGCACCAGACCAGCUCGAAAAUGCUCGAGUGCUGCGGCAUCCUCUUCAGCACGAAGGCGUCCCUGCGGGAACACGCCGUGAUAUUCCACUACCACGGCUACACCUGCUAUUUCUGCGGGCGCCGGUUCUGCAGGAAGGCCCUGCUGAAGAGACACUUGUCCGUCCACAACGGGCAGAAGGACUUCGUCUGCAACGUCUGCGACUACGCCACGUCGCACAAGAGCAACCUCGAGCGCCACAGGAAGGUCCACUCC